GCAUGUCAACAAGUUCGCCGGGCCAAGCGAGAACGUCACUUUCAAAACGAUGGUUCCCACAAAGACACCGAAAUCCAUGGCCUCCAAGGCCUUCUACCAGAUGCUCGUAUUGGCGAACAUGGGGGCUGUAGAGCUGCACCAGAACGAUCCGUACAGCGAUAUCAAUAUCAGAAUCACGCACGAGAUGGUGUGA